GCCCCGUUGAAAUCGUUCCCGAUGGAGGUGCAACAUUCUGCAACGAUGCGAUUUGGUGUGUUCAGUUCUAGUUUAGUAUUUUUCGAACAUCUGCAACACAUUUCUCCAAAGUAAUCGCUUUUCAACUAAUGCUACUAGUUUCAACAUUGAUCUGAUUACCGACUUGUUUAUACAGGAUACCCAGAAUACAUGGCGUUCCUUAUAUUGAAAACUAUGCUAAAAUGCGUAUUCCUGUCUAGAAGCAUAACGCACAUACCAUCAUGAAACACUUGAAAAAAUAAUGAGUCUUAUGUUUCCGCCGGCGAAAAAUGCAAGUCCAAAGAACUGUUUUCUAUAGGCUACAUAUUAUAAUGGUUGAAAGGUUGCAUACCGCUUUAAGAAAAGUUGGGCGGUUCCCGUCAUUUAACCAAUGGGUCUCUUCUCUGUUUAAAUAGAUUUGGAUGUCAAUCAAUUUCUUGUUACUCAGCCUCCCUUCAAUCGCCAUAUUGGUUCGUAACAGUGACUCGUCUUUUUUACUUUUGUUUUACUACAAAGCGAAACACACUGGAAUGACUUUAUCUUGUGCUUGUCAUUUCGACCAUCACCGAUUAUAUUAGCAUAGGCUUGGACUACCACUUAUUGCAUGGACGAUUUUGUUUAUUGCUGUAUCCUCACUGGUAUAUGCAGAAACAAUAUUGUGUUUUUGAUCGAAUUUGUGCGUUUUGUUUAAGGAUUUAUUUUUGUAUUCCAUAAUUCAGUUUUAUGGGAAAAGGAUGUCAAACGUCCGCGUUUCCAACGGUAGCCCAACUCUGGAGAGAAUGGAUGCGAGACAGUCAGAUAACCCGAAACCUUCUGCUUGCAGGAUUCUUUUCGGUCUACCGGAUCACGAAGAGUUAAAGAAAGAAUUUAAGAAGCAGAAGGAAAGUAUUGAAGCAUCGUCCCGCGACAGGUUCAAUUUUGACUUCGUCAAUUACCAACCACUGCCUGGGAGGUACAAGUGGGAAAUUGUUGAUGGGAAAGAUUUACCUGAAUUCUACACUCGAGCCCCCCGGGUUAAGAGGAAACCAGACCAAAAUAACGUGGAUCAUAACGGGAAUUCUAAUACUUCUAGUGUGACAUCGUGCCAGGGCAGUUUUGAAACCAAAAUAUCGCAAGAGCAGGGCCCAGGCAACAGUGCCAUGCAUAAAGACUGCAAAGAUAAUAGCACCGGGCAAAGAAAAAGAACUGCGUCCAACGAGUUUUCUUCUCAGAGUAAAAGGGCAAAUACCGGCACAACUUUGGAAGAAGAUGAAAAAAUCCGUUGUCAAGCUGUGGCCAUGAUCGAGCAGACUCCAAGGAAAUCUAGUCCAAGUCAGCACACGUAAACACCAGGCCAGAAGAUCUGAAUCCUUCGUCAGAUACAAAAUGUCUUUGAUCUCGAAACAUUGGGGAAAAAAACAGUUCAAAUAUACAUAUCUUUUUUUUGUGAUAGAAAUACUGUACAAGCACUGAGGGGGGGGACACUAAUUAUUUGGCACUUAAAUGUCUCUAAAGCAGUGGAUGUAGCGGUGUUUUAAUUAAGAUGACUUUU